CCUUUUCACCAUUCCAACCGAUCAACAUUAUUAAAGAUGGGCAAAUAUGCAUGCAUGCUCACAGGACCUGCUGGUGCAGGAAAGUCUACAUUGGCAGCCGCUUUAAUCACACAUGCACAAGCAUCAGGGCGAAACGUACAUCUGUUCAACUUGGAUCCAGCUGCUGAACGAUUUGAGUUUGCACCUUCGAUUGAUAUAAAGGAACUGAUCAGUCUGGAAGAUGUAAUGACAGAGAUGGAAUUAGGACCUAAUGGAGGCCUUGUGUAUUGCUUUGAAUACCUGAUGGAUAACCUAGAUUGGCUAUCCGAGCAACUAUCAGAAUACAAUGAUGAUUAUUUGAUCAUCGAUUGUCCAGGUCAGAUCGAACUAUAUACCCACACAUCGCUACUUUCAAGAUUUAUCAACACUCUUUCGACUUCAUUCAAUUAUCGUGUUAUGGCAUGUUACCUGUUGGAAAGCAAUUUUAUCGAUGACGUAAAUAAAUAUUUUGCCGGAACAUUGAGCGCAAUGAGCAGUAUGGUAAAUUUGGAGGUACCGAUGAUCAACGUUUUGAGCAAGGUUGAUUUACUGAAAAAAGGAGAAGCUGGAAGUUCAAGACAUUUGAUUGCAAGAGCGGGAAGGACAGGAAAAGAUUUGGAAAGAUUCUUGGAUCCGGAUCCGACAUUGAUUCUGUCAGAGGCCAAUUCUCAUAAUCCCAAAUUCUAUAAUCUAAACAAGGCAAUCGUUCAGCUAAUUGAAGAUUUCAGUUUGAUCAAUUUUCAUCCUUUAGAUUUAACAUCAGAAGAUUCUGUCGGAGAUCUUUUGAGUCAUAUUGAUAAUUGUAUGCAAUAUGGAGAAGAUGAAGAACCAAAAGAGCCAAAAGAUAUGGAUAUGGGCGAUUUUGCUGAAGCAGAAGAGUGACUUGGAACAUUUUCAUUGCAAACUGUAUUUUUAUUCAUACCAUGUACCAAAUUAGACUUUGUACUUUCUUUCUCUAAAUUGACACUAAUCUCGAC